AUGAUCGACUGCGUGGAAGACGAAGCUGCACUGGACUUGAACGCUGUUGGUAUGGUCUCCAGGGAGUUCGAGGCCGAGAAGAAACAGCUUUGCGCUUGGCUAAGGUAUCUAGGGACAUAUUGGUCGUUGGAUCCGUCUUUGGCGUUGCCUACGGGACUACGGGUUCGUCUACGGUUGGAUGCCUGCAGGCUUGCACUGGGAUAUGUGGUGCCUGAGUUAGGACUGACGGACUCGAAGACAGCACGCAUUCUCCCCAAGACACUGGAAUAUCUGCUUCUCUAG